CUGAAGCAGACUCCAGCCGACGACAAUCCCAUCUUUCUUCCUACUGAUGAGUGCGACUGGUUGAUGGCCAAGAUGUUUGUGAGAAGUGCAGAUUUUCAUGAGCAUGAGUACAAUGUUCACCUGCUGCGCACUCAUCUGCUGGCUGAAGUCUUUGCAGUGUCACUACUGCGCAAUGUGCCCAUGGUGCAUCCACUGUACAAGCUCCUCAAACUUCACACUCGCUACACUAUGCAUAUCAACGUCUUGGCUCGACUUACACUGAUAUCCGAGGAGGGAAUUUUACCACAGAUUUCAGCGUGCAGUAGAGAGGGUAUGAUCACAAUCCUGAAGAAAUCACUGUCCACCAUGACCUACAGCUCCCUCUGUAUACGAGACGACAUCACUGAGCGUGGGGUGGAGGAUGUGCCGAACUUCUACUACAAAGAUGACGGACUCUGGCUUUGGGAUAUCAUCCACAGGUUUUAUAGGCAGUCUCCAUUUUUCAUUAAGUUUAUAAUGUAUAUGAUAUUGUUACAAAAUGAUGGAUGUUUCAGUGGUAUGUACAGUAAUUGACAUGCUAAUGUCUUGAAAUAAUUAGUUACGAACAUCCCCAAGGUGUCAAACUUUCAAAA